ACGCCAAAAAGAUGGGCUGCCGGUUCCUCAACAAUGUGCGGAAAGCCAAGAAUCAUCGACAUCAUAAGAUGGGAAAUACUCCGCCAGUGGUGGUGAACACUGACACGCUCGACGGCUCCCCAUAUGUGAAUGGGACAGAAGGGGAAAUCGAGUAUGAGGAAAUCACACUGGAGAGAGGUAACUCAGGCCUGGGCUUCAGCAUUGCAGGGGGAACGGACAACCCCCAUGUGGGCGACGACCCCAGCAUCUUCAUCACCAAAAUCAUACCUGGAGGAGCCGCGGCUCAGGAUGGACGGCUGAGUGUGAACGACUGCAUCCUGUUUGUGAAUGAUGUUGAUGUGAGGGAGGUGACACACAGCCAAGCUGUGGAGGCUCUUAAGGAGGCAGGUGCUAUCGUCCGCCUCUACGUUCUCCGCAGAAAACCAGCAGCUGAGAAAGUCACUGAAAUCAAACUCAUCAAAGGGCCUAAAGGAUUGGGUUUCAGCAUUGCUGGAGGGGUGGGAAACCAGCACAUACCUGGCGAUAACAGUAUCUAUGUCACCAAGAUCAUUGAAGGCGGCGCGGCACAUAAAGAUGGGCGUCUGCAGAUUGGGGACAAGAUCUUAGCGGUGAACAACGUGUGUCUGGAGGAUGUGAUGCAUGAGGAUGCGGUGGGGGCUCUGAAGAACACAGCCGAGGUGGUGUACCUCAGGGUGGCCAAGCCCAACAACCUGUUCCUGACCAACUCCUACAACCCUCCAGACCUCACCAGCACAUAUUCCCAUAUGGAUACUGAACUCAGCCACCCCAACUAUCUUGGGUCAGAUUACCCACAAGCCCUCACUCCCACCUCACCUAGUCGGUUUUCUCCUGUCCUGCAUGGCAUGAUGGGAGAUGAUGAUAUCCCCAGGGAGCCUCGCAGAGUUUUGAUCCACCGAGGCUCCACAGGUCUGGGAUUCAACAUUGUUGGAGGAGAGGAUGGAGAGGGAAUCUUCAUCUCCUUCAUCCUGGCAGGAGGGCCAGCUGACCUCAGUGGAGAGCUGCACAAGGGCGAUCAGAUCCUCAGUGUGAACGGCGUGGACCUGCGCAUGGCCACACACGAACAGGCAGCUGCAGCGCUCAAGAACGCUGGCCAGACAGUGACCAUCAUCGCUCAGUACCGACCCGAUGAAUACAGUCGUUUCGAGGCUAAGAUCCAUGACUUAAGGGAACAGCUGAUGAACAGCAGCAUGGGCUCUGGGACCACGACGCUAAGGAGCAACCCAAAGCGAGGCUUCUACAUCAGGGCUCUUUUUGACUAUGACAAGACCGCGGACUGUGGCUUCCUCAGUCAAGCAUUGGGCUUCAAGUUUGGGGAUGUGCUGCAUGUGUUGGACUGCGGAGACGAGGAGUGGUGGCAGGCCCGUAAAGUCAGCCCCCAGAAUGAGGCUGAAGAGGUUGGCUUCAUCCCCAGCAAGCACAGGGUGGAAAGAAAAGAGUGGUCUCGUGUUAACACCAAAGAGAGGGUAAAUAGCUUGGGCACUCAAGGGAGAGAUAAAACAUCACACAGUUAUGAGACAGUCACCCAAGUGGAAGUUCAUUAUGCGAGGCCCAUCAUCAUUCUGGGACCUGUGAAGGACAGGAUAAAUGAUGACCUAUUGUCUGAGUUCCCUGAUAAGUUUGGAUCUUGUGUCCCACACACCACGCGGCCCAAGAGGGAAUAUGAGGUGGAUGGACGGGACUAUCAUUUUGUGUCGUCACGGGAACAGAUGGAGAAGGACAUCCAGAGCCAUCGGUUCAUCGAAGCAGGCCAGUACAACAGUCACCUGUACGGCACCAGUGUCCAGAGUGUCCGUGAGGUGGCUGAGCAGGGGAAACACUGCAUCCUAGAUGUAUCGGCCAAUGCUGUGCGCAGACUACAAGCGGCUCAGCUUCAUCCCAUCGCCAUCUUUGUCCGGCCCAAGUCACUGGAGAAUGUCCUAGAGAUCAACACUCGCCUGACAGAGGAGCAGGCCAGGAAAGGAAUGGACCGAGCUCUCAAACUAGAGCAAGACUUCCUAGAGUGUUUCUCAGCUGUCGUGGAAGGGGACAGCUUUGAAGAGGUCUAUCACAAAGUAAAGACAGUGAUUGAGGAGCAAUCAGGGCCUUACAUCUGGAUCCCCACUCGGGAGAGGCUGUGAUGCUGCACCCGCCCAACCGCCCCUCCUAAACAUCCACCAACCGACACCACCCUUCACCCUCACAGCCAAGCCAGCCUCGCCUGCCUGUCUGUCCUCCAGCAAAGUCAGUGCUUAGGCAAUCACUGAGAAUAACACAGAGAGACAAAUGCAUACUAAGACAAACACAGAAACAGAGACAAACACAGGAAGUGACACAGCGAGGCAAAGAGUGAUACCAAAAAAGAGACUUUGAGACAGAUGUGAAGACAGUGAUGUGUAAUUAGACUGAAAGAGACUGAGAGAAAAGACUUAAUCAGUAUUCCACUUUAAUGAGGCAGGACUGAGUAUUAAAGCCCUGUUCACACUUACCACUAAAAUGCAUCUCGGCCACAGGUGGACAGCUCUAAAUACAGCUGUGACUGCACCCAUAAGGUGGAAUGCUAAUGUCCCAAACACAGUGGAUUUAGCAAUGCCAGACAACUUAGUGUGUAAUGUGUGCUUUUUCUGUUUAGAGGCAGUUGCAGUUUCCCGACAGAUAAAAUCAUAUGCGAAGCGGAACCCAAUCAUAAGUGAUUACUUGAGAGAUUUCUGAUGCAUUUUGAUAGGUGUGAACUACAGUCCAUGUCAUCUGGAUCUAGACACAAUCUGGAUAUACCUGGACAUGAAAGACAUUAGGUCUGAGCAGGGCUUGAAAGAGAGUAGAGGGUGACCCAGCAGGGACCGACCCUGAGGUAGUAUUAAGACCACCUCACCCUCCCCAUCCCCCG